AUGGCUAUUGCUUCAAAGAAUGUGCUAGUUUUUUGCAUUGGAAUGCUUCUUGUAAGCUUAUGGUGCAUGAAAGUGAAUGGCCAUGCACAUGAACAUGUACUUGGACAUGGACAUGAACAUGGACAUGAACAUGGACAUGGACAUGGACAUGGACAUGGACAUGGACAUGGACAUGAAGAUCCAGCUGUUGGAUGUAACAGCAAACAUUCAGAUGCAGGUGAAGAAUGCACCGACGAAGAUGAUCAUCUUGGAUUGUAUUCCGAUAUUGAUGAUACUUUUAAGAGCUUGAGAACAGCUGCUGGUAUGAAGAUGGGAGAGAGACAUGGAAAUCCUUUUUCAGGAUGGGCUGAUGAGGAAUCUCCUAAUGUUGCACACAAUAAUGUUGAUGUUUUGGGACAUUGA